AUGACGUCAAAUGUGUGCGCCGAGAAAGUCACACGUGUUGUUUUCAUGGACGUUUGAUUCUAGUGUGAUUUCUCCAUUCAGCGUGUAGCGUAAAAAUACAUCAACCAAUAUGGGGAAGAAACUCAAAGUAGGAAAAACCAGGAAGGAUAAAUUCUACCAUUUGGCGAAAGAAACAGGUUAUCGCUCUCGUUCUUCCUUCAAGCUUAUCCAGCUCAACCGUAAAUUUCAGUUUCUACAGAAAGCCAGAGCUUUGGUCGACCUGUGUGCUGCUCCCGGUGGAUGGUUGCAGGUGGCGUCCAAUUUUAUGCCUGUAUCAAGUCUCAUUAUUGGUGUUGACCUGGUGCCCAUCAAGCCCAUACCCAACGUGGUGACGCUGCAAGAAGACAUCACUGGUGACAAAUGCAGAACGGCUAUACGAAAGGAACUGCAAACAUGGAAGGUGGACGUUGUGUUAAAUGACGGAGCCCCAAACGUGGGAGCCAACUGGCAGCAUGAUGCCUUCACACAAGCUCAUUUGACCCUCAUGGCCAUGAAAUUGGCCUGUGAGUUUCUGGCCAAAGGUGGAACUUUCGUCACCAAGGUCUUCCGUUCCAAAGACUACCAGCCACUGCUCUGGAUCUUCCAGCAGUUCUUCAAGAAAGUGCAGGCUACCAAGCCACAGGCGUCUAGGAAUGAGUCCGCCGAGAUCUUUGUCGUCUGUCAGGGUUUUCUUGCCCCUGACAAAAUUGACAGCAAGUUUUUCGACCCCAAACAUGCGUUCAAAGAGGUGGAGGUGCAGGCCAAAACUGUUAAGGAGCUGAUUCCCGUCAGGAAGCCAAAGGCGGAGGGAUACAAAGAUGGUGAUCUCACACUUCACUACAGUUUCACAGUUAUGUCCUUUCUGAAAGCAGAAAAUGCCAUAGACUUCCUAGACAAAGCCAGUGAGAUCACCUUUGACAACGCAGAAUUGGAGUGUCACCCGGCCACCAGUGAUGAGAUAAAGGACUGUUGUCGUGACAUCAAAGUCUUGGGCCGCAAAGAGCUCCGCAUGCUGCUGACCUGGAGGUCUAAGCUGAGGAAGUUUCUGGCCAAAAAACGGAAGGGAGAGGCCGAACAGCGUGACCCGGAGAUCAACUUAAGUUCUGAUGAAGAUAAGGCGGACUCCGAUGGAGAACCAGAUAAAAAGAAAAAGGAGGACGAAGAAGAAGAGGACGAGGAAGAAAUGGAGAAGAGACUGGCAGAAAUGAAAGCUGAAGAAUUGGCUGAGCUCAGACGGAAGAAGAAGAAGCUGCUGAAGGAGCGGAGGAAGCAGAGGGAGAGGGUGGAGCUUAAGAUGGACCUGCCUGGCGUCUCCAUAGCAGAUUCCUACGACUCAUCCAUGUUCUCCCUCAGCACCAUAAAGAAGCAACAGGCUCUGGUGGAUUUAUCCAAAGGGGACAUGCAGAUGGCAGACAACCUGAUGGAAGAAUAUGACGACCUCCACCUGUCGUCUGGGGAUGAGGAUGACGAGGCGGAUAAAAUGUCCCUAGCCUCUGAUUUAGAUGACGAUGACCUGGAAGAGGUGGAGCAGAACAAGAGAGAGCUGGACACUAAGGCGCCAAAGAAAGUCAAGUUUGCUGAAGAAGAGGAGGAUGAAGGGCAGGAUAGUGGCUUGCUGGUGGAACUGGAGGGAAAGGAUGAGAAGAAGGAACGUGAGACCAACCUUUGGUUCAGCAAGGGUAUAUUCUCUGAGAUCGGCCUAGAAGGAGAUGCAGAGUUAGAACUCCAACAGACCGAGUUGCUACUGAACAAACGAACCAAUAGGAAAAGGAAAGCUGAUGAAAAGGAGGAGGAUGAGGAGAAGGAGGAGGAAGAGGAGAAAGAAGAACAGAAGAAUGCGCAGCCAGAGGAGGAAAAGGCGGCCCUUUUAAAGGGAGCUGAGGAGGAGAGUGACAGUGACUCAGAUGACAGCAGCGACGAUGAGAAGGAGAUUACCAAGAUGAAGAACGCCUCUGAAGGGACUUUUGGGGCAGAGGCCAAUGACGGUGCCUUCCAGGUUGUUCCUGUACAGAGCACCAGUAAGAAAGCCCGGAUCCUGGAUGCAGAGGGCCUGGCCCUGGGCUGUCAUAUCGCUACGUCUAAGAAGAGAACCAGGGACCUGAUCGACGGCUCCUUCCACAGGUUUGCUAGCUCCGAGCAGCAGUGGGACAUACCGGAGUGGUUCCUGGACGACGAACUGAAACACCGGAGGAAGCCGGUGCCAGUCACCAAGGAGAUGGUGGAGGAAUUCAAACAAAAAUGGAAGGAGAUCGAUGCCAGACCCAUCAAGCGAGUUGCUGAGGCCAAGGCCAGGAAGAAGAGGAGGAUGCUGAAGAAGAUGGAUCAGGCCAAGAAGAAGGCUGAAGCAGUCGUCAACACGGUGGACAGCUCUGAGAGGGAGAAAAUGGCUCAGCUAAAGAGUAUCUACAAGAAAGCAGGCCUGGGAAAGGAGAAGAGAGAAGUGACAUAUCUAGUGUCUAAGAAGGGAGCUGGCAAGAAAGUGAGGCGCCCCGCCGGCGUUACGGGAACCUUCAAGGUGGUGGACGGUCGCAUGAAGAAGGACUUGCGCGGGAUGGAGAGGAAAGAGCAACGCGCCAAAGGGGGCAAAGGAAAAGGCGGCAAGGGAAGAGGACAAGCAAAGGGUGGCAGGGGAGGAAUGAAAGGUGGUAAAGGGCGGAAGGGAAGAUAAAUUUAAACCCUUAGUGCUCUCAUUCUUGCCUUUCUAUUUGCUAAACAUUGCCUGGACUCAUGUUGCAGGUCAGGAUUUCUGGAGACAACUCCCACAGGCUCCUCCAUCAUGUAGAGAGGUUAAAAUGACGUGGCAUCGUUUGCAUGAUGCCCUCCCUACAGCAAUUUUGCUGAGAUGUGUUCUGUGGUUUUUAAAGACUGGUGUCCUCGCAUGUCUUUCUGAAGGUGUACAUGAUUUGUUUCUGGGAACAAAGUGGUUUCACUCAACAGCUUAACUGUAAAGGACCGAUACUUAAGUACAACCUUCUAAAUGGGUUCAUAAGAAAUGUUGCUAUUAAUGUAAAU